ACAGGAAGCCAUGACUAAAUGUUUAUUUUGCAAAUUCUACUACUUAGUUUCUGACUUACAGCUGUAAUUUAUUAAAGUUCCAUAAUUCAUUGAAUUGUUUGAAGAAUGUUACUAUAAAAUAUUUCUAAUAUUUUUACAUGGAUUAUAGUGAGAGAUUCUGACAUGACUAUUCUAGUCUGACAACAGCUCAGACUAACCAAAGUUCCAGAUGCUCAAGUCUUCUGCAAGUGUUGGUGCUUCUGAUCCUCUCCAUCAGCCAGGAUGCAAAUUUAGUGCUCAGGGACCUAGUCGGAAACGCCAAAAAUCAUCUCACUCUAUUCAGCGCCUUGCAAAGCGAGCUUUUGUGGACCCAUGGGCGUUCCCCGUCAUCCAUUUGGAUGAGCUAACGAUUGAGGUGGUGGUGCAGUCGCGGAGCACGGCGGCAGAAACCAAUGGCUGCAACCAUCAUCCUAAUCCUACUUCCAACAAUCUGAACUUGGCUAAGAAAGAAGCUCAGUCAUGUAAUGAUCACCCUAAAGUACUUCAUGUGUCGCCUACCAAGCUGCAAAGAACGGUAUCAGUUUCUGGUGAAAAAUUGAAGGUUUCAACAUUAAAGUCAGACAUUGUUCAAGAAGACGACUGUGAGAAAGAUACUGGGCAAGAAGUUUCUAGGUCACCCACUAGGAGCUUUGAUACAAAUUUAAUUCCUGAUGGGUCCAAGAAUUUACCUCAUGGGCCUUUGCGUGAAAACAGCAAUACUACUGAUAGAAAUAUAUCCGCCCUAGUCACUACCCACUUCCCUGGCCAAGAUAAUUGCCACGUAUCCUCAAGUUACGUUGUGAGGACAAUGAAAAAUGAUUCAUGUGUGAAAUCUUCGCCAAUUUUAACAGUUGAAGAACCUGCUGUUCAUGAUCUAUUCUCAUUGCAACCAAACCCUGCCAAAACUCUUGUGGAAACUUCAGUUGCUGAAGACUUAAGAUUACAUCGUGGAAAUUCUCUUUCAAAAGAUGCACUACGAACUAAAUUCGUGACUUCAGGGGCGCCCAAGUCAACGGCUAUGGUAGUUCCUAUAGCCAAAGUUCCUACUCAGGCUAUUGCAGCCGUGCGUCCUCAGCCUGCCAGUCAAUAUUACAUUCUACCUCAAGACCAAAGCCUCUCUGUUGUACAACCGUCAUCUUUUUCUAUGACUGAUGCUCUAACCUCUUACACUUUCGUUCCUAAUGUAGUUCAAACGCCUUCUUCUCACUUUGUUGAUGGAGGUGCCUCUCAAUUGCAAUGGUGUAUUCCUGGUCAAGAUUCUCUUGUGUUCGUGAAUGGAAAUAAUCUCAUGUCUGAAGCCAUUCAGAUAUGCAAUCCAGUCAACGGCAGUGGGCUAAUGCAUCCGGUAAAUAAUGUGCCGAUUAUGCAGCCUAUAACACUCAUGCCUUCAUCUCUGCCAGUGCCCCAGCAUCAGCAGAUUUCCUUUGCGCCCAUAGUUCAGCAGCCGGGUUUUCGUCAAGCUGGCCCUCACAACCUUCUGCCGCGUACGUCAGAGUCUUGCAGCAGCCUCCCUUCCCCCAGUAGAGCGCCUUCGUCGUGCUCGGGUGCUGCACUUGCUCCUUCUCACGCGGCGUGUGUGGGUCAGCUGAAAAAUGAACGUUCAUCAUUGGGGAAUUUUUUUAGUCAUAAUUUGUAUCCAAAAUCUAAAACGGAAAUAAAACAACCAGAACACAAACAUAUAGAUUUCUCUACAUCAUGUUUUCGUACUGAAUUAGGCCAGAUUAGAGAGUUUCCUUCUAAGCAACUCUCUAUCUCUGCAGUCAAGGAUUGGGCUUCGGUCUAUAGUCAAACAGGAUCACCAGUUUCUAUUGAGCAGAAUGAAUUCUGGAACGUUGAGCACGUUGGUUCUCGGUCAAAAGAUUUUGAACCUGAAAAUGAUUUGAAAAUGACAGCUCUGGAGAAUAACUCAGAAAUAUCACCAGAGAUGAUCGAAGCUUCUAACUCGUUGACUGAAGAAACGAAAAUAAUUCACAUGGCCGGCUGUGUCAAGGACCUCAUUCGCAAUAUCUUGAGAUAUUUUCCUUUCAUUGUAGAAGGCAAUAAUAUUGAUGGUGAGCGCUACCGGAAGAAUGGAUUCCGCAUAAUGGAGAAGUUCUGUAACGGCAGAGUUCAAGGGCAUACAGGAAGUGACGUAUUUAGAAAAUUUCAGAAGCAUUUCUCGAGUGUUGUAUCUUUCUUACAUGAGAGGUCCACGCGAGCUGAGCUACAAUUUGAGAGUAUGGCAGAUUUUCAUCCUGUCUACAGUCCACUUUUAAUUCCUGAAUUAUUCUCUUGGUUAAUGGCUCGCGGAUAUUUAUUUUGCUCAGAAAUUCCAUCAUUCCGCCCAUCCUUCUUUCGUGAAACUAGAAGAAAAUUGCGUUCAAAGUUUCAGCACUUUAUUGCCGAUCGCCACGGUACAAAAGACGAAUUCAUUGUCAAUUCACAAUUUCCUGCUAAAUGCCCUCACCAUUCUAAUUCCUAUGCAAUAUUUCCAUGUAAAUGUCAGACAAUGAACAACAUUCUUGACCACAGCCGAACCUCUUCCGUUGCAUCCACGGACGUGUCACCUGAGGUGCCAAUAACGAUUGGUCCCACAUUUUCAGUUGCGAAGACGACCCUCGUAGGUCCUUUGGAGCAUUCACCGUUGAAUGAUCUGAAGGCUACUGAAAAUUUUCAGCAACAAACUCCUGAAACCCAGGUUUACAUUGGAGAAAGCAGUACUGCGUCGCCUCACGAGGCCCCGUUAUGUAUCAACUCGCCUGAAUCUCGUCACUUGUCAGAGGAUAACACUGUGUUGCUGGACCCUCCGCCCAAAGAUCUAAGUACGUUCAAUCCUAAUGAUAUAUUUUCAGAUUUUGUUGAUAAUUCCUUCACCGGAAUCGUCAAGGCGUUUGAAUGUAUAUCGUCUUUAGUUCCUUCUGUUGGCACAAAGCAUUCUAUUUCGCCCAUUUCUCUUUUCAAGGAAAGCCCUUCAGAAGAUGCUCCCGCUCAAUCAUUAGGUAGCAACACAGAAAAUGCACCCGAUUUGUCAGUGUUACGCUGUAGUGACUUGGCAUGCUUACUGCAUGCCGGUUUUUGCUCCAUCUCUUCUAGGCGAAGCUCUGUCAAGAAGUUGAAAUGCUCACUGACCGAUUCGCGAGGUGCAACUUCUAUGCCCCAAAAAGCACCCUUUCACAGGAGAGUUUCACAAAAUGUGGUUCCUCAAUUUUCGAAGAGAUUUAAACAAAACGAAGCGUAUGGUUACCGUGACAGGUUUCCAGGUGCUGUAGAAAUGAAAAGUAAAUCACGAGAGAAGCUCAGAAAAACCUUGAGUGAUAUUGAUUCUUUGCGACAUACUGCGACGAAAUCGUCGAAUACGUCACUCAUACCAUACUUCGAAUUCCGGAAUAAAAUGAGUGAGAACGCAAUGAUGUCUCGUAGAUUAGAAGUCGGGAUGCAGGAGGUGAGUCCAGCGCAACGUGGACCUUUGACUCUUCCAGGCAUGCACCACCGUACGUCAGUUCAGUUGAGCCAUUUGCCUCAUUGCAAAAUUUCUAACAAUGACGGUAUUUUUAAAACAACCGUGGGAAGUACUUCGCCCAUGAGUCUCUCGUCAGAUGCUACGUCGGCCACAACUUGUCACUUCAGUGAUGAUGAUGACAUGGAAGACUCCGUGAUAGUCGAACUCCCAAAUGACGAGGACGCUUAUCAAGAGCUUCGCGAUUGCGGAUACGAUGUUCAGAAACCGUCAACAAGCUACAUUUCAAGCCAACAAAUCAAUAAGAGUCUGACCUUCACGCACAAGAUCUUUAGAGUGACUGGCAAAUCCCCCAAUAGCUUGAAGAAGAAACGAUUGGAAAAAGUCAAAUUGAAAAGGGCCUUGUUAAAAAAAUCACGAAAACCUCGCAUAUUUCGCAAUGUUGCGCAACGAGCUGUUGACGAUAUCAUCAGUGCCCGGCAGCCUGAGGAGAUGCCGAGCCAUAUUAUUGUAAGCGUUCAAGGCAAACUCUUCAUGUACGGAGAACAAGAGGCUAGACCGGACUUUCACGUUAGUCGUUUGGAGUCGGCUCUGACGUGAAAGGCAUGUUUUUAUAUUUAAUGGGACAUGCAACGAUCUGUUAGUUCCUAAAUUUUCCUGGUAACUUACUUCAUCUUCUCACGUGUCAUCGGUAAAUAUCUGAGUGAUGGAUAGUUUUAUGUAUACGGCAGGCUUUUUUAGAUUUAAUUCCGCCGCUUUCGGUGUUGAACUUUUUUGUAGUUCUUACUCCAUUAGGAUAUGGCUGGCUUGUAGUAAUACGCCUGGGACCGAACAAGUUUCAGGAUUAUCGCUAUCAGUUGUCAGUUAUUUGUUGACUUCGCUAGUAACUUGACUGUAUAAAAGGACCAAGUUGAUUUUCAUUCAAAGUUGAUGCCGUAGAUGCCUUCAACUUUUUUCACAGUGGAACUUUAAAAAUAAAAAGAACUUUGAGAGCGGGCAACGCAAUGUGGACGCCAGAGCGUUAAAAUAUUCAACUUUCCAGCUUCAUACAAAACUGUGAUGAAGAAGCUAGACCUUUUUGCGUUAUGAUUGCCUUGAAGACAAACACAUGCUCCUUCAAAAAAAAUUUUUCUAACGGAGACUUCAGUAAGUUUUAUAAUUACAACUCAACAAGUUCUGGGUAUAUAGUGAGAUGUUCUGCAGUGGCAUUAAUGUGUUAUCGUUCGUCAUCUGUGAACUCCUUUGAAGAGUUAAAAUAUUUCGUGACUGUUUUUGUUUUGCCGUAACUGUAGGGAUUCGUAGGAAUAACAUGGCUGAGUUGGCGUUUCGUUUUUAUGGCUGGAGGUUAGAAUGAUGACGGCAUUGCCACUUCAACUUUCAUUUCUGAUUCAAUUCCUUGUUGACUACACGAGUCGUGAUAUUACUGGAUAAAACUCUUUAAUUAUAUAAAUCACGGUUUAAUUUUUCAGUUUUGAUUGUAUUUGUAAGUGUUAAGACAGGUAAAGGCAAUCGAAUGACCGCUGCCACAAGAGUGUCAGGUGAGAUGUUUUGUUGCCUCUCGUACGCCGCCAUAUCGCCUCAUUAUGUUGGAUUUUUUUAAUUUGUUUCAGAUUUUUCAAUGUUCAUUAUGUACCCGACAUAAAUGUUUCGGCCGACAGGAAUUCAAAGCCACUUUCAGGUUCUGCCAUUAAUGUUAAGACGACGUAAUGGUUAUGUGAGAAUUUCUUGUAUUUUCUAAAUGGCAAGUAUGCAUACUUUUGAUUUUUCGAGAUUUCAUAUUUCAUCUCACUAGAUGCUUAUAUUAUUUUUGAAGGUUGGUUCCUCGACUAAAGAUAAUGAAGAAAUUAUUUAAUUGCAGGUAUGAGUACAAAGAAAUAAUUUCUGAUUCCGUACAUGUCAAAAGUUACAGUGUAACUCCUUUAUUUACCUUCAUAGUUGAUCUCAAUGAUGUCCAUGCCAUCACUUUUUUGACCGAUCCCUCUCGGGUUUAAUUAAAUUCGAUGAUUAUUUUACAUAAAGAAAGCAUAGAUAUGAUGUGCUCUGGCGCCCCUGAAUGAUGCUCAGGUGUCCGGCAGCUAAAUAAAUGUGCUUCCCUC